CCCGGCGCCGCCCCCAAGCCUCAUAGCCCCCGAGCCCCGGGAUGGAGCGGGUACGCGCUUCGGGUCCGGGAGUCCCACCGUAUGAACCCCUGAUGGACGGGAUGGACAUGGAGGGGAAGACCCGCAGCACGGUGGUGACGGUGGAGACGCCCCUGGUGCCUCCUCCCCGCGACCACCUGGCCUGGUCGCUGUGCACCACGCUGUACGCCAACGUCUGCUGCCUCGGCUUCCUGGCGCUCGUCUUCUCCGUGAAGUCCAGGGAUCGCAAAGUCCUGGGUGACUACAGCGGGGCGCUCAGCUAUGGCUCCACUGCGAAGUACCUGAACAUCACGGCCCAUCUGAUCAACGUCUUCCUCAUCAUCCUCAUCAUCGCCCUGGUUGCCAGUGGCACCAUCAUGGUGGCCAACAUCUUCAACCACCAGCAGCAACACCCCGAAUUCAUUGGACCCACUUAGCUCCAUUCCAUGGGCAGAGCUUCGCUUGGGGCCAUGCUUUCCUUGCUUCUUCCAAUCCCCUCUCCGGUCAGCAUAUGGAAAAGCACCUCAAGACACCCCUUGCUCUGGCAGGAACCCGAAAAACUGGCUGUAGUGCAGACUUUGCUGCUUGCCACCUCACUCUGCCUUUCUGCUAUUGCUCCAAGUGCCCUGAGGGCAGCACCUCAUUGGUAAAAAACACAAUAAAGGUAUCUUUCACUUUUG